AGCCUGGUCUUUGCCGAUCUGACACCCGAAGAGAUGGUGCAAGUGGUGCGGUACCUGCAGGGAAACCUUGGGGUGCAGCUGGUUGACGCCUCGCGUGCAAAGCCCUCCGACAACUGCAUCGCCUCCGUCGACGUGCAGGUCCCUGCUAAGGCAGAGGUGCUGCGGUUCCUGGAUGGUGGGGGGGCUCGCCCCGCGCGGGAGGCGCUGGCUGUGGUCUACUUUGGGAAUCAAGCAGACCCCAACGUCACUGAGUACGUGGUGGGUCCGCUGCCGACGCCAGUGUAUCACCGGGACGUCACGGUGCAGAAAUACGGGGGGAAG